CCUGUGUGUCCCAGUGAUAUCAGUCCCCGGAACAACAACAACAACCCAUGUGAGAGAAGCUGUGGAGUCUCCGCCAUGUUCUCCGGUUUAAAAGAUAAAGUCGGGGAGGUCUUGUUACCGGGAGAUGAGUUCUCCUUGGAGACCGAGGACACCAUCUCUCUGACGGAGCGCGUGAAGCCGGAGAAGGUCGUGUGUGGCCCGGGUCUGAGGCGGAGCGGAGACCGGCUGCUGGUGUGUAAGAGCGGCGUGCUGCGACACAAACAGCCCAACAUGUUCUGGAUGGACUCCCAGCAGAGGAGGUAUGUCCCCGCUAAAGGAGAGACCAUCAUCGGCAUCGUGACGGUUAAAUCCGGAGACGUCUUCAAGGUGGACUUUGGAGGAAGUGAGCAGGCGUCUCUGUCCUACCUGGCGUUUGAGGGCGCCACCAAGAGGAACCGACCCAACGUCCAGGUGGGCGACCUGGUGUUCUCCCAGUUUGUCGUAGCCAAUCGGGACAUGGAGCCGGAGCUGGUGUGUGUGGACAGUUCAGGACGAGCCAAUGGGAUGGGAGUGUUUGGAGGUGGAGGGCUGCUCUUCACCGUGUCUCUGGGACUGGCCAGGAGGCUGCUGUCCCCCCACAGCGAGGUCCUGUCAGACCUGCAGACCCUGUUCCCCUGCGAGCUGGUGGUCGGGAUGAACGGCCGUCUGUGGGUCAGGUCGUCCAGCGUUCAGCAGACGCUCGUCAUCGCCAACCUGCUGCAGAGCUGUGACACCAUGACGGCCCCCCAGAGACAGGAGCUGUUCAGGAGGGCUGCACAGGGGGCGCUAUAACACCAUGACAGCCCCCCAGAGACAGGCGCUGUAAAGCCGGGGUCAAAGCAUAGACCGCUAAAGUGAAUCCAAAAUCUACAACGCGUCACACAUGCAGCCACUUCCUGUCAGGACACCUGAUUGGUUGAAGGACUAUCCAAUUGCGUACAGUUAUUUGAACUAUGCCCGUUGAUCACGCCUCUUGUGUAGAGAAAAUACAGACUCCCCAGACUAAUGUUCAAUCUUAAAUCUUAAAAGAUUGAGCUUGGUCUGGUGCUAUCCAGACUAAUGGACUUCUAAAGUGAACCUAAAACCUACAACACAUCCCACCUGCUCAGAAGAUAAAGCUGUAGAAGUGAAGCCAAAACCUCUGGAUCGCCCCCUGGGGGCUGGCUACAGUAUCUGGGAUCAGCUGUUUGAUUUUCGCUGAAAGUAUCAUCUUUCUGGACUAAAAUUAACUGAAUCUGCAGGGUUUUACUAA